AUCACCGCUUCGCUCGUUUUUCGUCCUUUCGGAAAAUGGCGUUGGACUGGUAGAUUUUGAGUUUGAAUUGUUUAAUUUGUUGACUGUGAAGGCAACUUAAUUUCGUCAAAAUGUCUCGUUCGAUACGUGCUGAAACUCGGAGUCGUGCCAAAGAUGAUGUUAAGAAGGUUAUGAAUGUUAUAGAUCGGGUGAGACAUUGGGAGAAAAAAUGGGUGACCAUCGGCGACACCACGAUGAAAAUAUACAAGUGGGUACCUAUAGCGGAAUCCAAGAAAGGGAUGAAACAUCACAAAGAAGCAAACAAAGAAAAUAUGACGCGUAAAAGCGCAGUCGACAGUUCAAAUUCGAAUUCGAACUUUAGUUUAGCGGAGGAUUCGAAUACUUGUUUUUCGACUGUAAGUGAUUCACAAGGUCCAACUGAUUUCUCAUCGUCCCAUAUGACAUUUUCCGAGGAUUCCAAUUCGCAAGGAAGUGAAAUGGCUGUGAAAAGACUGAAGACAGACUGAAGCGACUAAUUGUAAAAUGUAUACUUGUAACUGAUCCAGUUGGAGGUCUUAUUUUUUUAAUGUGAAGUCGGAAGUCUUGCAACUAAGCUAAGAUGGACGAAGUUGGCGUUACUAGUAAUACUCAGUGAAGGAUAUAAACCUUGAGAGAUUGUGAGAAUCGAGAAUUCUUGAACAAGGUGAUCCAGAGCGACGAAGCGAGCUUUCAAACCUUGGUUUAGUUGCAAAAUUAGAAGUGGUAGCAGCCCUUCAACUUCUACUUCAUUAUUCAAGUAUUUAUUUUUCUCUAAAGUGCUGUAUAUAAUCAGUGAAGUAUUCAAUCGAUUUACAUUAGGAUCCUAAUUUAUUUUUAAAUAUGUUUUGUAACUGUGUAACAGGUCACAAUGUAAAAUAUAAAGAUAUAUGAAAAA